GAUUAUAGAGGUAGAAUUAAUCAAUAAACAAAUGGAAAAAUCUGUUGACUUCAAAUUUAGUCCAACUUUUGAAAGAAAGCUUGAAAAAGCUCUCGCGACGUUUUUAAAAUUAAACGAUGAUGACGAUUACGCCCUUGGAUUUUCCGAUUCAUUGGACUUGGUCGUGUUCGUAAUUAGCCUACUUCAACGACUGAGUUUUUACGAAGGAAGGAACUUCUUUCUGUUGCCUGAAAUCAGCUUGUAGACAUGGCUGUGAACAGUUUGAUGCAUUCGUGCCACAACCUGCAUCGUACCUUGCUGUCACAGAAAGCAUAAGGCAGCGCGACAUCGAUACGGCAAUGAACUGGCACAGAACUACGCCUAGGCAUGAACGUCGACCGAGAAAAUCCCUCUGAUAAGAGGAUCGAGUAGCAGCCAGAGACAAAGAGACGAAAGACAAAGGGAAGAAGAUAAGGGAAUCCGAGUGCAAGAGAGGAGAAGACGAAGAUAAAGCCGCCGUGGUGUGGAGGAACGAAGAGGGUGAACGGACAAAAGUACCUGCGGAAGAAUGGGUGAAAGCUCUCCUGAUCUAAGCCUCCGCCUUCGCCGGGGUAGCUCGGAUUCCCGCGACUGUUUCUACAUGGAUUUUGCUCAGGGGAUUGACUCGGAUAUCGAGGAAGUCGCCCGCCCCGCAGAUUCCUCGGAUCGCCUUCCUGACAGCCAAAUCGAAGAGAAUGGUAACGAUCUGCCACCAAUCGAGGACAUUACAACCAUUCCUGAAGAAGUUUCGGAAGAAAUAUUGGCCGAGCAGAACGACGGAGAUGAUGGAACACCGCAUGAAGGAGAUCCUGAAAAGCCGAGAGACUGGCCCGGACUCCCUGCGGCUCUGCCAUCGCCCGCGUCUCCGUCAGCGGUGAUCGUCUCCCCGGAGACCUUGUCUCGUCACAGCAGUAGCUCACCUUCCCGAACCCACCGGCCACAACAAUUCGCCCUGGCCAUCCCCUGUCCCAGAGAACCGAUUGCUGCAGUUUGUUACCCGGGCCCGGCUUACCUGGAAGUCAGCGAUGACAAAAAUUGGAAGCACCUUGGCGCCGAUGCUUUGGCGACCACCUUAAGUGCGCUCUACGGGAAGCUGCUUGUGGUUAUGGGUAUUGCGUUUCCUAUGGCAGAGGUGAUUUCCACCUACAUUCCGCCAUCUUUUUACGAAGCCUUCUACCUUUACCUAUAUUUCGGCAGUAUGGUCUUCUUGCUGUACAUGUACGCCAUGUUGUUAAGGGACAAUAAACCAAAACCAAAAAAACAGCCGAAGGACGACUGCGAUUUGGAUAGCUCACGAUCUUCAAGUGGUGCUGGAGGGGGCUGCGAUAUACAAGACUCAGGAUGUCCUCACGUGGCGGUUGUUAAACCAAGCCAACACUACGGUAGCUUUUACUUGAGGAUGGGUGCCGUGGCUUUUGGUAUAGGGUCCAUGAUUUAUUCUGGAUUAGAGUUUGGCCAGUACUUUGAACUUGAGAGAGACACUAAAUGCCACAACAUUAUGCUGGCCUUGACUCCUGCCACUAGAAUGGCGUUCAUCUUUAUCCAGAUGUACUUCAUCUUUCUCAACAACGAGCAAAUGAAGGUCUACCGACACCGCAUCGUCGCCCGAUUCGGCCUCAUGCAUAUGAUUGGCACGAAUCUCUCGGUCUGGCUUAACGUACUGGUUCAAGAAACAAAACAUGAGAUCCUUACAUUUUACGACCCGGAAAACAAUUCGCUUCGAAUAUCGCACCGACUUGGUAGCAAAGGCGGUCUUCAUCACUCCGGCUAUAAUCAUGGACAUGGCCAUGGUAGACAUCACCAAGACCUUCAUGCCAACGAACACACGAGAAUUCCACGAGGACUGAAAGGUCCUCAUCACAUGUUCGAGUGCAGGCGUACCAAUAUUAUGGGAUCCCUGGUGCAGGACGCUAGUCCCUUUUUAUUCCCCUGCACCAUAGAGUACAGCCUUAUUUGCGCGGCUAUUUUAUACGUCAUGUGGAAAAAUAUAUCAAAAGCUGGUAUUACGCAACCCACGACCCCUCCUGGAUCUCGACACCACACGCAGCACGCUUAUAGAAGGUCACCCCAUCACUACAGCGUGGAUUGCGCGGGAGCACACAAAGGACUCUUCGUUGGUAUCCUGAUACUCGUCCUGACGAUCAUCUCGCUGAUCCUAUUCUUCGUUCUGAUAUCACGGCCCGAACUUGUGAGUCUUGCUGUGACCGAAGUGAACGUCUGCGAAUUGACCCUCUACGGGAUGUCGACGAUGGCCACUUUGGUUGGGAUGUUUCAAAUGCGGAAGCUGCGUUACGACGGAGGUCGAAACCUCGAAUUGGACAACAUCCUGCUCGUUGCCGCCCAAACGGGGAUGUUUAUUUACUCGACAUUCACUAUAAUCGGGGGUCAUUUCACCAUCGAAAAGCACACGGUCUUGGUGCUGAUCACAGCGCUGGCGAGCGUCGUCCAGACUACGUGCCAGACGAUCUUCAUCCUUGACGCCUCGAGACGAUCGGUCGCAACUCCCGGCCAAAUACGGCGGAAACCAGGUCGAGAAAUCGUCACUUUUCUCCUGGUAACAAACCUCGCGAUGUGGGCGAUAAACACCCUCGAAAAAUCUCGUGCCGAGUCUCACCCUGUUCAGCUCAAUUUCUACGGAUUGUGGGCCUGGACCAUCAUCACUCACGUCUCUAUGCCGCUGGCUAUUUUUUAUCGAUUCCACAGCACCGUCUGCCUCUGCGAGGUGUGGAAAAGGGCUUACAAAGUGAAGCCGACUUACAUGUGACCUAGGGACACUCAGGGUGCUGCCAGCGGUAAAUCAGUCAGCGCGGUCGCGAAGCGCCCUAAAAAUCUCCCCAUUAAUCUUGACGCCAUCGCUGAAAACGAUGCGGCGUAUUUUAUCUAAGAGUCAAAUUCCGGAGUUUCCUGUAGUUGAGAAACCCUUUAACGCGUCUAAAGCUCCCUUCGAAAAUUGCACUACUUGUUUCUUUGAUUUUUGCUAUUGUCUACCGUAUAUGAUUCGUUUCGACGACCCACGUGAUUCAUCAGUUGAUAAACGAAAUGUGUCAACAGUCUGCACUACGAAAUGUUUCCUGACUUUGACUGCGUUUGCAGCGACCACAAAUAUUAGUCCUGAAUAAUGUUGCACAAAGCUUUUUAAUCCAAACACACAGAAUGUACCCGUUCAAUUAAACCAUCCAAAAAUUCUCUCAUCAACUUCCGUCUUCCAUUGUGGUACAAACUAAAAAACCUUAACAAUCUUUAAAGUAAUAAUUGGAAAAUAUUGCACAAAUAUGCCAGCUUAUGAGAGCCAGAAACUAUAAUCGCUUAAUGCAAAUAUCGUGCUAAAUAAUGGCAUAACUGAUCCAAUUAUCCUGUUCGCGUUAUGUUUAUCAUUAUCAUAUGAAAAGGGCACCUGGUGCCAUUGGACAAUAAAGGUAUUCAUCUUAAAAUCGACAAAAAUUAUUCGAAUUCAGUCUCAAUCAUAUUUCUGCAACUCUUGAGAGAUAAUAUACUUGUCCUCGAGACUUCUACAAUAUUCUGAUAGUCUGCAGAGGUAGAUACUCUAGUAUUCGAAGCACGCCCCAGGCAGAUCGUGGAAUUUGUUCACAUCAACUUUCUAAGGCCGUAUGUCAAAUUUGAAACAGAAGAAGAAAUUUAAAUUUACGAAUAAACAAACCAUAGUACAAUAGUCCAUGAUUAUUCAUAUCAUAUACAAUAUACAAUAUAGUAACUAUCUUGUAUUCAAAAUUCGUAUCACUGUUCGCGAAGGGGAUCAACUUAAGAUAUAAAUAAAAUGAAAUGAAUUUAAAUUUUAUGAAUGAAUAAUACUCAAAUUUUAUGCUCAACUAAAACAUAUGUUAGAGACACACAACGCUAUCAUACAUAUAUAUAUAUAUAUAUGUUGUUAGCUACACAUACAAGUGUCUCCUUAGGCAUUCUUGCAUAAAAAAUAAUAGUAUUAUAUACUAAUAAACAAUAGUUUAAGAAUAUAAAUAAGGAAAAUAGAAAUAAUAUAUCUAUAACAGCUUAGCGAUGGUGGUAAUGAAUCAUGUAUAAUAGGAGUUAUCCGUUUAAUCUCAGCCACACUUUAAAGAGUCACAGUAUCGCC